CCUUCAUUCGAGGGAUUUUACCGAUCUCUUACGGAAGCUCUGCGAAUUCAACAAAUGAACGUUAAUAAUUUACAUUCUUCCUGCACGAUGAUACUGCUUGGUAUUUUGAUAUCGAUGACGAUAAUCGGACUCACAAGUUCUGCUCCUCUAUCGUCGUACGAAAGAAGAGACGUGUCAGACGAGCAUCCCAAAUUUUUCCUGUUGAUCGAUCAAAGAAUACCAGAAUUGGAGGACGAGAUACUGAAUUCGGAGAACGAUCUUGGGUCAGAUGUGAUGCGCACCAAGAGAAUCGGAUCUCUGUCAAUCGUGAAUAAUUUAGACGUGCUGAGGCAGAGAGUUCUGCUAGAGCUGGCUCGCAGAAAGGCAUUACAAGAUCAACGUCAGGUUGAAGAGAACCGCCGUUUCCUCGAGAGUGUCGGCAAGAGAUCGGUAUCGAACGCCGAUAGAAUUGUGAGAUCUAGCAUGAAGAAUAACGGACGAUCUGCAGCAUCCGACAGGAACGAAUGGACUGAAGAGAACAAUCCCUUGUUUCACGAAUCGCAAGAUGAUCGAACGGUACAGGCUAAUGAGCUUCGCCUGCUGUAAUCGCGCCUUGGCAUGCGAAGAAGAAUUUGAGAAGGACCGAUAUAUCU